AUGUUCCGCUGCAUUCCAAUCUUUAAAGGGUGUAACAGGCAGGUGGAAUACGUUGACAAGCGCCACUGCUCACUGCCAAGCGUGCCCGAGGAUAUCCUCAGGUACUCCAGAAGUUUAGAGGAACUCCUUCUGGACGCCAAUCAUAUCAGGGAUUUACCUAAGAAUUUUUUUCGACUCCAAAGGCUACGAAAACUUGGACUGAGUGACAAUGAAAUUCGUCGAUUACCACCAGAUAUUCAAAACUUUGAAAACCUCGUCGAAUUCGAUAUCUCAAGAAAUGAUUUCGGAAUAUAA